AAAGACCUUUUAUUUUCCCUCAAGGACUCACACAAUCAAGCUGGUAUUGUCUACAAUGGCGGUUUGGUGCCUCUUCUUAAACUUCUUGACUCGAAAAAUGGAUGUUUGCAACAUAAUGCUGCAUUUGCUCUUUAUGGUAUUGCAGAGAAUGAGGAUAAUGUUUCUGAUUUUAUCAAGGUAGGAGGUGUUCAGAAGCUACAAGAUAGUGAAUUCGUUAACCAGGCAACUAAGGACUGUGUAGCAAAGACAAUAAAGAGAUUAGAGGAGAAGAUUAAUGGGCGAGUACUAAAGCAUUUAUUAUAUCUGAUGCGAGUUGGGGAGAAGGCUGUCCAAAGACUUAUAGCUUUGGCUCUUGCUCAUUUAUGUUCACCUGAGGAUCAAAGAACUAUUUUCAUUGAUGAUGAUGGCAUUGACUUGAUUUUCUCCUCAAACUACUGGGAUCGACUAAUCUAAAACAAUAGCAAGAUGCAUCAGUUGCUCUUUACAAGUUGGCUAAAAAAUCCCUGACUCUCUAUCUGUUGAUGCAGCUUCUCUAUCCCCCUCACCUCAGGUUUGCUAAAAUAGGCAUUCCUUAAUUUUGUUUCUAAGCAGUUUUAGCAGCAAAACAUGUCCCAUAUUCACAGAAAUACAAAAACUUAUAAAAGGGUCAGAUUUUCAAUUCUUGGAGCUAGUUACUUGGAAUUUGAAAGUGCUUAUGUAAUUGCUUUGGCUAGUCUUCUAACUCAAAGUUUUUUUGAAUUGUCUGUCUUGACUCUUGAGACUGAUCAAACAUAAAUAUUACUUGAUCAGUAUAAACCUUUUUUCUAAUCGGAGAAUGAAAAUUGUUUUAUAGUUUUUUUAAUUCUUAUGGACAUAUUUUAAAAUUUAAUUUUUUUAAAAUUUCUGAAUAAAGCAUGACAUCAUUAGUUCUACAACUUAUUAUGUCUGAGGAGUGAUGCACUUGUCAGGGACAAGAAUAUGCUCUAUGUUGUGAAAUUUGUUUUUGUUUUGGAUUUUGCUGCAAGAAGCAUUAGUAAAUCCAUCCACUGUCUAACAUAGCACUAUGUCCAAUGCGUGGAAGUUUGAUGAAAACCUGUCAUGUGAACGGGCAGUUACUAUGCAUAGCUGCACAUAAGAGGAAAAGUCUGGGUUCUGCAAUCAUGGUAUUAUAAAUUCGUGAGACUUCACAAUGGCAUAUGUAUUAAUCAAUAUUCACUUUUUUUUUUUGCAAUCAUAUGUAUUAAUCAUGUUUUGCAUAUGUAUUGAUGAUUGUUUUAAUAGGGCUUGGUUUCCUUGCAGUGCUCAUAUAGAUACUUGCCUAUUGACAACUUCAACUUGAAAUGCUUGUCAAGUAGGCUGUACCUAAAUAUUUCAAAUUUUCUAUUGCACUAACCUUGUUUGUGCUGAAAUUUAGAUAGAUGAAUUUAUUUACUUUCUAAACAGUAAUAAAAACAUUGAUAUACUUGGAGAAAUAUAUAUAUUCAAGUGCUUAAUGAUCCAUUUUAACUGACCUUUUGUUUUUAAAAAUCACAGGGUGUCCUCGAUAUCAAAGUAAAGAUCAUGUUGGAUUAGGAUCUUAAAGUAAAGCAGGGCCCUAUGACUCCUUUGCUAGAUCAUGUUACAAUUCAUGCCCCAAAGGAGGAAGAGGAGUUAAUCCAACCUCCUGUUCUGCCUCUAGAGAUUUAAUUUGAAUGCUACAACCUUUCAAAAGGAAUUAGGAUUACAUUUCUUCUUGAUAAGCUUGCGGCAGGUAACAAGCCAAAGUUCUUCUGAUUUAUGUGCUUGUACUAGUCCUAGAUUAACACGAAGGAAGAUUGGGAGUCUUUAGGCCCAUAUCUUAGUUUGUUCCAAUCUUCUCAGGAGCGUUAUUUGUUCUUAUCAUUUGUUUUGGUACCCAACAUGGAUACCCCUUAUUUCGACAAUUUUUACUAUUUUAUAGACUUGAUAUUAGUUAUUUGAAUUCGUUUGUAACUUCCAAAGCUAGAAUAGUAGACUCAGAUUGAUUGUCUAAAUUCAUUCAAAAUUUUGAAUAUUAGUAAAUAGAUGCAAUUUGAUCAUUUUUUCGUGUGCUAAGAUGAAUGGUAUGUUCUUCUAUCUCAAUUGUCUUGUAUUUCUUAACGGUAGCUUAUUAGUUGUUGAUACUCUUGAGUUCUUAUUCAUCUAAUGAAUUUAACAUGAUGCAGGCGUUCUUCUCGCUAUUGAAAUCCGACCAUAUCAUAUCAACAAGACAUCUGGAGAGAUUGCAUUUCCUUCCAUGAUGUGUGUUUAAUAUUUUGCAUAUCAGUUGACAAUUCAGAAUUGUUUUGGCCAUUGCCAAAUGCUUCAAACCAUGUAAUUCUUUAUCGAUUCAGUGAUGAUUUAAGUGAUGGUUCUGAUUAAA